GUGACUCUGGUGACCGGGCUGUGAAAUAAAAAGUGUGAGGAAUUAAUCAUGCCAUCGAGAUCUUGUAAAAAAGUUGAUGAAUCUGUAAUAUCAUCAGGAUUUUUUGAGUCAUUUGAUUAUGUGCUAACCGACUGUGAUGUGCAGAACAAGAAGCUUAUCAGUUAGAGACAAAUUUAACAAGGAAAAAAAAAACCCUCACAGAAGCACUGUUGGCUUGCUACUGAAUAAACUCAUAUAUUUGGGUGUGCUGUGGUUGGGUAAUGUUCCAAUUCCAGGAUCUAUUGAGACAAUACAAGCUCUGAAAAAAAUGGGAAAACACAUCAUUUAUGUGACAAAUAAUAGUACAAAAAGUCGAGAGGAAUAUCUGAAAAAGUGUGAAUCGUUGGGUUUUCCUGCUACCUUGGAUAGUAUUAUUUCCACAUCUUACUGUGUACCAUGCUAUUUGAAGUCCAGGAAUUUUCAGAAAAAAGUUUAUGUUUUUGGUAGCUCUGGUAUUACUCAUGAAUUAGAAAAAGCAAAUAUACAAUACUUACCUAUAGGACCUGAUCCUAUUCCUGAUAACUGGAUACAGUGGUUAAGUGAUCUAAAACUUGAUCCAGAGGUAGGAGCAGUUGUAGUCGGAUUUGAUCAGUAUGUCAGUUAUCCAAAAUUGACAAAAGCUGCAAGUUACUUGAAGAAUCCUGAAUGUAUUUUUCUUGCAACAAACAGAGAUGAACAGUUUCCAACAGAAGGCAAUCUCAUAAUUCCUGGUGCUGGAACAUUUGUUUAUGCUGUAGAAGUGGUGAGUGGCAGAUCUGCAAUAGCACUUGGAAAACCUGAGAAAUUUAUGCUAGACUGUAUUAAACAGAUACAGCCUGAGAUUGAUUUUAGUCGGUGUAUCAUGAUUGGUGAUAGAUUAAAUACAGAUAUAUUACUUGGAACAAGACAUGGCUUGAAAACACUAUUUGUACUUACUGGAAUAAAUUCUUUAGAUGAUGUUCAGAACUUUCAAGAAAGUAAAGAAGAAAAAGAUCAUAUGUUUAUCCCAGAUUAUUAUCUACCUUGCCUAGGUGAUUUAUUGAAAUUUAUUAAGAGUUAAAAUUCUAACAGAUGUAAGAAUAUAUUUGUAAUUAGUUUCAUAGGCUAAUUUAUGGUGCUGUGAUAGAAAAAGUAUUAAUACAUUUAAUUCAUUAUUUAAACUUAUGAAAUAUACAAGUUCAUCUCAUUUUAACUUUUUGAAACUUAUGGUCUCCUCAAUGAAAUUAAAAUUUGUGUUGGUUUGUGUCUCCAAAUUAAAAAUGUUGUGUCAUUUCAAUAAAAAAAAAAAAAAAAUAAAAAAAAAAUAAAAAAAAAAAAGAAUUUAGAUUUUAUCUUAUGAAGCAAAUUGUUUACACCAAAGUAUUAUUAUGAGAAAUUUUAUUAUUUUAAAAUUUUUGUCCAAAUGUUAUUGUAUUUCAAAAUAUAUUGUCAUUAUUAGACCCAUAGUGAUUUCUGAUUUGCCAGCAUGAAUAUAAUUUAAAACGUUUUAUUGGAAUUUAGAAUUUUAUAAUCAUAUAUUAUUUAAGAUUUAUUAAGAAGGGAACCAAAUUUUUUAGGAAAGUUUACUAGCUUACAUUUAUUACAUACUUUUAUGCUGUGUGUGUAAACAUUGUGAAAAUGUUUCUAGUUAUUAGAGUACAAAAUAAUUUCAGAUAUUUUUGUAGUUUUGCAAAGUAUUGUCAUUUAAUUCAAAUAACCUUUCUAUCAACAUUUUAUAUGGAAAAUUAAACAUAAAUAAACGAGUUACGAAUUAAAUUGCAUUAUGUAUUAUUCAAGUAAGGCAGCAAUAAAAAGGCAAAAAUGUAUGUUGGAGUUUAGGGAAUCAAAAAUAAAUUUAUAUUUAUUCUA